AAUACGAAGCGCAUCGAAGCACCGGCGUCGUCGAAACAGCAGUGGUCACAGAAACGCGAAGGUCGCCGGGCAGCGUAACCGGCGCCGACGUCGCUUUUUAUAGCCGGCGCCUUCGCAGUCACGAAGCGGUUCCCCGGAAACAAAGGGCGACAUGAGACUCCGGGCGAGCGGCGGAAGUCGCGAGACGGAGUGACGGACGAGGAUCCGUCCAUGGUCGCGGAAGGAGAUCUCGCGACGUCGCGCGCGACGGAGGCCAAUGAGAGGGAGAGCGAGAGCGAGAGAUUCGUCGUCGUCGUGUUCUUCUUCUUCUGCUUCUUUUUCUUCGUCGUCGUCGUCAUCAGGAGGAAGAAAUUGCGGAGAAUUUGGGCAGAGAGGUGCUGGGCCCGGGAGGAGAGGAGGGCGAUUGCGAGGAGGGCUGCGACGAUCGGCAUCGGGGCGGGCAAAGAGUGAUGUCAAGCGGACGAGGGGGGAGAAUGUGCGAGCGCGGUGACAGCUUCGCAAUCAAGAUAAAGAGGCGCAGGAGAAGAAGAAGCAGAAGCAGAAGCAGAAGCAUCCGCAGCACCAUCCGGACAAGAUCUGACGACGUGUCGAGCUCAUUAUUCUCCUGCGCCUUCGAUCUUUCCUCUUCCGGUUCGCGCGAGCUCACGAGGCCCAUCGUCCUCGCGGCCCGGCCCUCGCCGGGAGCCUCCCGCACUUCCAAUUCGGGACGUGAAGCGACAGGCGUCCAGCUGUUGUCGCCCGCCUGCGAGAGUUCCGACCGACCACGACAAAUAAAAAUGGUUUAAGAAGAGAUGUCAGUCACCUUCAAGUGGCCUAGGCACGGGGCUGGAUUCAUCGAAACAGAUCACAUAUUUAAAACUUUAGGUCUCUCAGUUGCAGAUCAACUUCAGUACGAAUUGCGGAAUAUUUCUCGCUUUCGACAUACCUCGAUGAAAACCGGCAAGCGAAGGAGAAGAGCGCUCAGUUGUAGCUGAUUGUGUAGCUUAUCUGGACACUCACUUUGACCUUCAGCAACGAGGAUGGCAGGUGUUGGUGAUCUCGGAUCUAAUGCCUCCAGAGUGGCAAGCACUGCUGCCGAACUUUGUUCAUUGAUUGGUGCGGGCUGGGACUGCUGGGGAAUAUCAACACCUACUGGUUACUUACUUGAAGUAUUUGAGUUUUCUCAGGAUAACACAACACGUAAGAGAGAAAGUUGUUCCAGUUACCUUCUCCUUCCAGGAGAAAAUGUCUGGAGAUAUCAGACUCGAGGAGUGCUCUAUGCCCUCGGUCUUGUUUUUUGCUUUAUUGGAUUGGCAACCAUCACCGCCUUAUAUAUGAGGGCUAUGGAGAUGAUUGUCAAGCAGACGAGAAAGGUCAGCAGAAAGAACCCAGUGACUGGAAUUGUAGAAGUUCAACAUGAGAAGAUAUGGAAUUCUACAGUAGCAGAUAUAACGCUGCUUGCGCUGGGCACAAGUUCGCCCCAAAUUUCCCUCGCAAUCAUAGACUCCAUACAACAUUUAGGUGACCUGUAUAUUGAAGGGCUCGGCCCAGGUACUCUAGUAGGUUCCGCUGCAUUCAACCUUCUUCCAACGUUGGCUAUCUGUGUUCUCGUACCUGUGGGCGGUACUGUAAAACGCAUAGAGAAAACUCGCGUUUUUGCUGUGGAGCUCACUUGGUCCAUCUGGGCUUACAUUUGGCUAUAUAUCAUGCUCAAGGUAUCAUCGCCAGACGAAGUCUCUUUAUGGGAGGCACUCUUGACAGUCCUGCAGUUCCCGUUGCUGAUACUGCAUGCGUAUGCAGAGGACAGAAAUUGCCCUUAUAUUUCGAUUUCCUUCUGGACUCGAAAGGUGCUAAAUUGGGCACAAGAAACAGGGGGAAAUGAUCUCAAGCAAAAUCAAAAUUUUUCUCCUGAUGAUUCUUAUGAUGAUUCUGGAUGGGAGGACAAGUUCAAGAAAGUGUUUGGGUGGCUCCAGUACAGGAACGUUGCUACUUCCAAGCAUCCGGUAGGCAAUGGCCACCACGAACUUGGAGAAUUGACUUAUGAGACAUCGUUGUCUUUCAGUUCUCGAGAUGACGACCGAGUCGAGUCUCCUUCUGCCAACCAGCCUCAGCUGACCGGUAACAUACAGACGAACCCUUCCGACAGCGUAUUUUUACAUGACAACUACCUCAUGUCUGAGGCAGGGCCCGAACAAGAAAUUUCUGUGAGGGAGCAAUGGAGGUCACAGCUCCACACUGCGAUGACGGUAAAAGUUUUGCGAGACGAGAACGGGAAAGAAAUUGUACCUCCAUUUACACAGUUACUCUGGCACAUGAUCACUUUUUUUUGGCGGGUCCUUUUCGCCUUCAUCCCACCUACAUCGUUCGGACACGGUUGGCCUGCUUUCUUUUGCGCACUUAUAUGCAUCGCCGGCAUAUCAACGUUCACAAUACAACUCGCCAAUCUUUUCGGAUGCGUAAGUGGAAUUAAUAGAUACGCCAUAUCCAUCAUAGUUUUAGCAAGCGGCAGUUCAUUUCCGGAUCUCAUAGCCAGCAAAAUAGCUGUAGAACGUGGUAAUACAGCUGAUUCAGGAAUCGCCAACAUCAACACAAGCAACUGCAUCAAUGUUUUUGUAGGAAUUGGAGUGCCUUGGCUGUUACAAGUCUGCUACAAUCGGAUCAAAUACGGGCAGGGUCUUGGGACCGAAACGAAGGGCCUUAGUUUCUCAGUAACGGUCUACUUCGCUGUAUUUACCUUAUGCUGGCUCUGGGUCUUCUUUAGAAGAUACCACUUCGGUGGAGAGCUAGGUGGGCCCCGGAAUUGGGCUCGAGCAUCCUCUGCUUUCUUCCUUUCACUGUGGGUGCUAUUUGUUUUACUAUCUUGUCUCAGAGUGUACAACUUAAUAUAGAGGACAUAUUUUUUUCACACAGAAUAUCCACAUAUCGAUCAAUUGGGUAAACAUAGCAGUCAUUCUUUGUACUCAUUGUCGUGGACAAACAGCAGAUGAAACCAGGAAGGUAGUCUGCUGUCAUCGUCCUUUCUUUUGAGUAUGCAACCAUUCUUUCUUCUGAAGUAUUCGCUCCGUCUCGCCAUGAUUGUCAGAUUCUUGUAAGUAAAGGUGCUGGAAAGGGUGUUUGUUAUUUAGUGCACAUAUGUCACCUUCAGACUUGUCAACAGCAAGGCUGACAUAAAUGUUUUUCUCUGACGUCGUACUUUAUCGGAGUUACGACUCGACAGAAGGUAGCUCUAAGUCUGUCAGCUAAGAAGUAUGUGUCCCUCAUGCCCUCAGCCGACCCAGAGGAUCACUCGAACGAAGAGAAGUUUGUAAUGGCAAUCUCAGGCGUUACGGUUUUCGUCCGUGGACGUGCGGUCCUUGUG